GCUAUGUAGCAGGGUCGGCUGUGCCUGACAAUAGCAGAAAGCUUGCAGUAAAGAAAGGAGGACCUGAAAGUGAGCCGGGGCGAGAAAGAGAGAGUGGGGGAGUUCAUUGGGCAUUUCUUCAUUAAGAAAAAUAAAAUAAAGGCUGUGCUAGUUGAAGAUGUCUGAUAAUGGUGAAGUUGAAGACAAGCCUCCAGCACCUCCCAUGAGAAACACCAGCACAAUGAUCGGGGCCAGCUGUAAGGAUUCAGGGACCCUGAAUCACGGCUCCAAGCCCCUGCCCCCCAACCCCGAAGAGAAGAAGAAAAAGGACCGCUCUAUCAGAUCCAUCUUCCCUGGGGCCAGCGACAAGACAAACAAAAAGAAGGAACGACCAGAAAUAUCCUUGCCUUCUGAUUUUGAACAUACAAUACAUGUGGGGUUCGAUGCAGUCACUGGGGAAUUUACAGGUAUGCCAGAGCAAUGGGCUCGGUUGCUACAGACCUCCAAUAUCACCAAACUAGAACAGAAGAAGAACCCCCAGGCAGUGCUGGACGUCCUGAAAUUCUACGACUCCAAAGAGACGUCCAAUAGUCAAAAGUACAUGAGCUUCACAGAUAAAACCACAGACAGUUAUAAUUCUUCAAAUGUGCUGAACUCAAAGGCAGUCUCGGAGCCUCCCGCGGUGCCUCCAGUCUCAGAGGACGAUGAUGAGGAUGAGACCACCCCUCCUCCAGUGAUCGCCCCGCGGCCAGAGCACACCAAAUCGAUAUAUACCCGGUCUAUUAUAGAACCCUUCCCAGCACCUCCCACUAAAGAUGCAGCAACCUCUCCCAUCUCACCACCUGCGGAGAACAGCAGCACUCCCUCAAACACGCUCACCAGGAACGCAGAGAAGCUGAGGAAGAAGACCAAGAUGUCAGAUGAGGAAAUUCUGGAAAAAUUACGAAGCAUUGUUAGCGUCGGAGAUCCCAAAAAGAAGUAUACAAGAUUUGAGAAAAUUGGUCAAGGGGCAUCAGGAACUGUGUAUACAGCAAUAGACAUUGCCACCGGACAAGAGGUUGCUAUCAAGCAAAUGAAUUUACAGCAGCAACCCAAGAAAGAAUUGAUCAUUAAUGAAAUUCUUGUAAUGAGGGAAAACAAGAACCCCAAUAUUGUCAACUAUUUAGACAGUUACCUGGUAGGGGAUGAGCUGUGGGUGGUGAUGGAGUACCUAGCAGGAGGCUCCCUGACGGACGUUGUGACAGAAACCUGUAUGGAUGAAGCACAGAUAGCAGCCGUGUGCCGUGAAUGCCUACAAGCACUGGAGUUCCUUCAUUCAAGCCAGGUGAUUCACAGGGACAUUAAAAGUGACAACAUCCUGCUUGGAAUGGAUGGUUCUGUGAAGCUAACUGAUUUUGGGUUCUGCGCUCAGAUCACUCCAGAGCAGAGUAAGAGGAGUACAAUGGUGGGCACACCAUACUGGAUGGCCCCAGAGGUGGUGACGAGAAAAGCAUAUGGACCCAAAGUUGAUAUCUGGUCUUUGGGCAUCAUGGCCAUCGAAAUGAUCGAAGGAGAGCCCCCAUAUCUCAAUGAAAACCCACUGAGGGCACUGUAUCUUAUUGCAACAAAUGGUACACCUGAGCUGCAGAAUCCCGAAAAGCUCUCGUCGAUAUUCCGAGAUUUCCUAAAUCGCUGCCUUGAAAUGGAUGUGGAGAAAAGAGGUUCAGCCAAGGAGCUGCUGCAGCACCAGUUCCUGAAAGUUGCCAAGCCGCUGUCCAGUCUCACUCCUCUCAUUUUGGCUGCAAAGGAGGCAGCGAAGAGCAACCGCUAGACAGCCAAUGUUGGUGUCAUCUCACCGGUACGCGCUCAAUAGAUGGUCCUUCCAUUUAAACCUCUGCAGCACCUGGACUUGCACUUACUCAUGGCAGGGUCAUGAGUAAUAAACUAAAGGAUCUAAUGGAAGAAGAAUGAAAAUAAAACUGCUGAUCUUAAACUUUACACCUGUGAAUGGUGUGAGGAUUUUGUACGUUUUAAAACGUCUAUGGAAUCCUCAAACCCGAUGUAGCAAACAUUACUUUUAUUUGGUUGCUCCUUCUUUUUAGUGUUUUGUUUGUUUAAAAUCUAGAACUGUCAAUCUUAAUGAAACUUGGUUGUUCAUGGCCUCUGACAAAGACUUGUCAACUGUGUGGGUACAGCAUUUUGGACUGCUUAGAAACUGGUACGUUUUUGUAAUUAUUAUAUAUAUAUAUAUUUUUUUUUUUUAAUGAGCCAAGACUAGGUGCUGAAAUGAUAAAUGGUCAACCUCUCUUGGAAUUUAAUUUCAGUAAUAGUUAGCAUUAUUAAAAUGGUACAAAGACAUUCCUGCAAAGGACUCUAAAUCUCUGGUCUCCUAUAUUGGAAUAUUUUCAUUUUUAAAACGAAGUUUUGAAGAGACACUCAGCUGCAAAGAAUAAAUUAAUGGUAGACGUAAUGUUGUAUUUUAGAGGACCUAACAUGUCUUGUGAUGCACAGAAAUUGUAAUUUGGGGGUAUUUCUUCUGUUUCGUUUGUUUUUUAUACCAACCCAAACAUGCACUACCUAAGCCCGUUUCACACUGGCAUGCUCUACCCAGGACAGGACCCAGUAUCAUGCAGGUCAGCUACAGACGCACGUGCGCAAUGCGUGUGUCAAUGCCUUGGAAGCAGCUUGUUAUGGAAUGUUCCAUCCAGGCUUCUCUGGAUUGAUUAAUUAGAGCAGGUGAUUGCAUCCCUGCUGCGAUCUGGCCCAUGGUGUGUCUCAAAAAUAUGGCUAAACAGAAACAUUCCUUAUGGAAGCGAAACCUUCAGUCAGGCGUGGCUGUUUGUUAUUUCAUCCUCUUACGAACAGCCAUCAUGCAUUUUGUCUCGCUCAACCCGGGUCAAAGC